UGGGACUUGGAUAGGCUAGGAGACUGGGCAUCUCGAAUUGUCCGUUGUAUUCAUUCCGUAAACACAUCGUUCAUCAAUAAACAUUUUCUUCAUCUCUUCUUGAUCAAUUUCUUAGUGAUUCUCUACAAUUCUAAGUCAGAGUUAUCUGGUUCUAUCAAUGGUAUCAGAGCAUCAACUAUCGCUGGAGACUGUUAAGAUUGCGCAGAUGAACUUAGCGAUGGAAAAAGUUGCGAUGAACUUGGCGAUGCUACAGGAGACAAUCUCGAAGAGCAACAGUAACUAAAAUCGACCGAGGAAUCCGUCGUUCACAACGCACAGCUCGCAGCACUCUUCGCAUCGCCAAUCGCUCACCAGUUCGCAGGAAUCGUGAACUGUUCCUUCGCAUCGCACUUCGCGACUGGUAGACGCGGGAAAUUCUGAUCAGUCUCGUUCCGGUGUGAAUCGGGAUAAAAGUGGUCAACGAUCGCGAUCGUCGCACAGUCCAGUACAUUCCAGAGGUAAUUCCGUUCAUUCUAAGGUCAACUAUCAUCGUCAGUGUGAUGAACAUACGAGAAACCCUGUACGCACCGGCAAAAACAUAGAUUUACCAUUGUUUAACGACGAGGGAGCAUAUAACUGGAUUAUACAAAUGGAGAGGUAUUUUCGGUUAAAUGACAUUGAAGAAGAAGAGAAGGUUGAAGCUUCUAGGGUUGCUAUGGAAGAUAGGGCUUUGAACUGGUUUCAUUCAUGGGAGUACCGGACUGAAGAAACUAACUGGGACACUCCGAAGAAAUCUAUCAUUCGUAGAUUUCAACCUGAGUUGAUUUCUUCUCACAGUUCGAAAUCACGGACUUCAGCAUCCGCCAGCGGUUCACGACCAAGUAAAACUCUAUCGAGAGAGGCUUCCCGUUCACAGAUGUCAUCCCAAACCGCUUCAGCGCCUUCACGAACAGUUUUGCUUAAUUUGCAGACCUCAUCUCUGGCGCAGUCGCGAACAGUGUCUACCAGUUCGCAGGUCUCAGUUCACAGAGCUCAGUGCGCGACUCAUCUCAGUUCGCAGGACUCACCGCAGGUUUCAUCACAUAUUUCUGCUUCUCACAGUCCGCAAGUGGAGUCAGUUUCAUUACCGCAGCAGUCGGUGAGUCAGCUACAACCUAACUCUGAAGAUACACUCAUCAUUGGUGAUGAGGAACGAGGGGAGAGAACUUCUGUGGUGAUUCAGUCCAUUGCCAUGGAAACUGAGAAAAUAGAAGAGGAUGAAUCAAAGUCUGAGAAAAAGGACAAAAUUGAAAUACCAAAUCAAAUUAGAUCCUCUGCAGGGUUUGUUAGUAUGAGCUAUGAUCAAGGUUAUUAUUCUGAGCAUCUGAAAGUUGCUGACAAGGUUGUUGUUGAAAAGCGAAUGCACCGUUCUCCUGUCACCGAAGAAGAAUUUGAGGCCCAUGGGUGUUCUGGGGUGGAUUAUAAACACUUAUUUGGUGGGGUGGUGAUGUACUGGAAUCCUUCUGAAAUGUCUGGGACCAGUUUUUUGCGCCCUCCUUCACUUAGUUCAGAUGAUAGUUCUUGGGCAUGGCGAGUGGCAGAUAUGAACAAGGUUGUUGAUGACAGAGUUGACCUUGUUUCCUCUCACAAUAUUUCUUUUUGCUCUUCCUUUGAUCUUUUUGGCUCAGAAAUUAGUGAAUAUGUUAUAUCUGGAAGUAAAGUUCAUACUGGCAAGGUUGCACAGACAACUUGUGUGCAGCAGCAUCCAGAUAUUUCACUUUGGAUACAAUCAAUUGAAAUGCUGGAAACACAGAUGCUGGAAGAUGCAAACUUUGGCAACAUAAGAGAACAUUCUGCCUCCAGGACCUUGUUACUACUCCUUGCAGAGAAGAACAUGAAGAUGCAGCUUCAAGUACUGAAGCUAAAGAUCCAGAAUGCAAUGUUGUAUUGGGAAGGAAGAGGUGCUAGAAUGAAGUGCAAGUGGGAGAUCAUGGUUGAUUCCUAUCACCCACCUUGAGGACAAGGUGGUUGUUUAGGGGGGGAGUAUUGUUAGGAAUGGGCCUAUUAUUAGAAAUAAUAAUAAGUGGGCCUAUUAUUGUAGAUAAUAAUAAGUGGGCUUGUAUUAUAAAUAGAAGUACUAUAAAUAGAAGUCUGGAGUCUAAGAAUGGUAGGCAAGUAUUUUGGGACUUGGAUAGGCUAGGAGACUGGGCAUCUUGAAUUGUCCGUUGUAUUCAUUCCG